AUGAUUCCACCCGUGGAGGGUGGUUUGCCGUUGAAUAACGCCAACAUUCAAACCGAUCGUAAGACGUGCAACUGCAGAAACUCUCGGUGUCUGAAAUUAUACUGCGAGUGUUUCGCCUCUGGGCAGUACUGUUUGCAAAACUGCAACUGCGUAGAAUGUAAAAAUAACGUGGAAAACUCGGUGCAAAGACAAGAAGCCGUAGAGGCGACUUUAGAGAGGAACCCAAACGCGUUCAGACCGAAAGUAUUGCCGACUCUCAAUGGCGGAGAAGGCGACGAGAAGCACAAUAAAGGGUGUCACUGUAAAAAAUCUGGCUGCUUGAAGAAGUAUUGCGAGUGUUUUCAAGCGUCUAUUUUCUGUUCGGACAUGUGCAGAUGCUUGGACUGUAAGAACUUUGAAGGGUCGGACGCGCACAAAGCGAUCGCGAGUCAGCAAGAAUUCAUGCCAGCCGGGUCGGAUGCGAGUUUACUAGUCGCGCCCGGGUUGCAGAUGGACGUCAAUAAAACAAACGGAGGCGCGAUGAAACAAGAGGCGUACGUGCCGCAGAAAUCUCCGAUGGGUUUCGCCGCGAAAGGAGGCGCGAGCCCUCACUUUUUAAAGACGAAGAAACCGAUUUUGCACGGUUUGAUAAAGCCAAACGCGGUGGAUCAGUUAGGGGAAGCUUUGCUCAGCGCGGCAGAAGUCGCGAGAAAGCGAGCACACGACCAGGUGGCGUACGACGCUUUGAAGAGGAGAACGCCGCAGCCACCGCCGCUCUCGACGAAUGGUGGGAAGAUUACCGCGAAAAAGUCACCAACAAAGUCACCGUCGAAAUCGAAUAACAAUAAAAUAGCCAAAAUAGCGGAAGAAGAAUCGACAGCAAAGCUCGUGUACGCGGAACAGGAGAAAACGGUGCUGAAAAAAUUAUUGACCGAAGUGACUCAGUUAGCAGACGCCGCAGAGAAGCGGAUUCAAAGUAGGAAAUAA